GAAUAUAAUCAGCAAAAAGCAGGAGACGAAUAUUUGCUUUUUGAGAAAAAAGAGUAUUAAUUAGUAGCCACAGCAGAACAGAAACCAUCACAUAGAAAAAAAAAAAGCACUUGUAUUUAAGCAACUCCUCCUCGGCUCGCCGGCGAGCCAGCAGCACCGGCGCCGGCCAGCCAGCCGUCGUCCUCUGCCUCGCCGUUCGUGCUCAGAGGCUGGGAACUCCAAAGGGGAACAGGACUAAUGGAGGGUGGAGGCGCAAAAGAUGGUUCCGCGGCGGCAGCGCAAACAAGGGGGAGUGGGGAUGAUGCUUCCAACAAGCCGCUGCCUCCUUGCUGUGUCAAGGCGAAGACCGCUGCGGCGGAGUCUGAGGCCAAGUGCCAUGCCACGGUGGUGUCAGGGUGGUUCACAGAACCCCGCUCGCGCUUCGGUAAAACAAGCAAAGUGCAGUACUUCAACAACCCAAUGUGGCCUGGAGAGGCUCAUUCUCUGAAAGUUGAGAAUAUUUUGUUCCAGGGGAAAUCACCAUACCAAGAAGUCUUAGUUUUUGAGUCUUCAACCUAUGGGAAUGUUCUGGUGCUUGAUGGUAUUGUGCAGCUAACUGAAAAGGAUGAAUGUGCAUACCAGGAAAUGGUUACUCACCUUCCACUAUGCUCAAUUCCAUCCCCAAAAAGUGUUUUGGUUGUUGGAGGUGGUGAUGGUGGUGUGCUACGAGAAAUAGCCAGACAUGCUUCAGUGGAGACCAUCGAUAUAUGUGAAAUAGAUCAGUUAGUUAUUGAUGUCUGUAAAGAUUUCUUCCCACAAUUAUCUAUUGGAUUCAAAGAUCCCCGUGUUCAACUUCAUGUUGGUGAUGCUGUGGAUUUCCUGAGAAAUGCCCCUGAAGGGAAAUAUGAUGCUAUUAUUGUUGAUUCAUCGGAUCCAAUUGGGCCAGCUCAGGAGCUUGUGGAGAAGCCCUUCUUUCAGACAAUUGCUAGAGCUCUAAAGCCUGGUGGUGUUCUAUGCAAUCAAGCUGAGAGUAUGUGGCUGCACACACAUCUAAUCCAAGAUAUGCUUUCUAUCUGCCACGAGACACUCAAGGGUGCUGUGCAUUAUGCCUGGGCAAGCGUUCCUACCUAUCCUAGUGGUGUCAUUGGGUUUUUGCUAUGUGCGAAGGAAGGUCCAGCAGUGAACUUCCUUUCUCCUGUCAAUCCAAUCGAGAAGCUGGAAGGAGCUAUGGAAGCUGGAAGGGAAAUGAGAUUUUACAAUUCAGAGGUUCAUCGGGCUGCUUUUGUUCUGCCAACAUUUGCAAGGAGAGAACUGGAAUCACAUAUUACUUGCACUGAAAAGGAUAAAUCAGAAACCAAGCAAGUUGCGAAACCAAUGAAGAUGAAAAUAGUGCCGAAUAGCGCCAUUCCGGCUGCUUCCUAGAUUCAACCAAACCAUAUGCAGCAUCCAUGUUUGAAGCCCUUUGCGACAGUAAUGGCAUGAAGUAUUGGACUUUGGCAUAUAUAAUAUGUUGAUGCAUUAUGUAAUGUAACUCUGGCUUAAGUAUGGUAUGCUAUGCCUGAUUGAAUAAAAGAGGGAACAGAUGAGAUGUCCACAACAACAAUGUUUUUUCCCUGGUCUGUGAGCACUGCUGCCGUGUUGUCUGUUGUGCAAAUGUAUUGCUGUGAUCACAGUACUGAUGGGUGGUUUGAAUUAUAGGCUUUGGUUUUAUGGAUGUGGAAUUAAGGAGUGAAUCACAUGGAUUUUACAUCUGGAGCUCUCACUUAUCUGUAUUUUUACUAGAUAUUAUGCUUUUGGCAUGUCUCUGCUUCCAUUUGAUUGAACUCGGAAUUUAUGUUGGGGAAUCGAGUUUAGAACAA